AAAACAAGAAAAACGUGACGUCGUCAAAGGGGAAGGCCUUGUGUGAAGUCUGCGCGCUCCCAUUCAUGCGGAGUGUUGAACGUUGGCAGCCUUCAGACCGUCAGACAGACGUGUCACAGCUCCGGUAAAAGCAGAAAACCUCUUCACCUCAGACAGAAACAUAAAAGGCGUCGGAGCUGUACAUCCGUAGCCACCAUGGCAGAAGCGCACCAGGCGGUGGCCUUCCAGUUCACCGUCACCCCGGAUGGCAUCGACUUACAUUUGUGCCACGAGGCUCUACGGCAGGUCUACCUCUCUGGUCUCCACUCCUGGAAGAAGCGGUUUGUUCGCUUUAAGAAUGGGGUGAUGACCGGCGUGUACCCAGGCAGCCCGGCCGGGUUCAUGAUAGUGGUCGUGUCCUACAUGUCCUACAACAAAUAUAAAAUGCUGGAUCCGUCUUUGGGGCUUGUCGCCAAACUGGGCCAGCACAUUCCCAUCAGCCGAUACAUGUCCACAGACAGCCAGAGGAUAGUUGGAGGGGUUCUGGUGGGCACGGGCCUCUGGGUCACCAUCAUAAUGAUUAUGAGGAACGUCCUGAAGAGCCUGCUGUCGUGGCACGGCUGGAUGCAGUCACGCCAUGGCUCCUUGACCUUGUCUACCCGCGUGUGGCUGUUUCUGGUGAAGCUCUUUUCUGGGAGGAAGCCAAUGCUCUACAGUUUCCAGAACUCCCUGCCUCGAUUACCUGUUCCCUCCGUCAAGGACACCUGCAGAAGGUACCUGGAGUCGGUGCGCCCGCUCAUGAAUGACGAGCAGUUCGAAAGGAUGACCGCCUUGUCUAAAGACUUUGAGAAGAAUCUGGGCCCCAGACUGCAGUGGUACCUUAAACUCAAGUCCUGGUGGGCGUCCAACUACGUUAGUGACUGGUGGGAGGAGUAUAUUUACCUGAGAGGACGCGGUCCCAUCAUGGUCAACAGCAACUAUUACGCCAUGGACUUCUUGUACGUGUUCCCCACGUCCGUCCAGGCCGCCCGGGCGGGCAACGCCAUUCACUCCAUCAUGCUGUACAGGAGGAAACUGGACCGAGCUCAGAUCAAACCAAUAUACUUGCUGGCGAACAAGGUUCCUCUGUGUUCUGCUCAAUGGGAGCGAAUGUUUAACACCUCCCGCAUCCCCGGUGUGGAGACAGACACAAUUCAGCACAUGAACGAGAGCAAACACAUCGCCGUGUACCAUAAGGGCCGCUUCUUCAAGGUGUGGAUGUUUUACGAUGGGCGGCUGCUGUUGCCCCGGGAGAUCGAGCAGCAGAUGGAGAGGAUCUUGGCUGAUAAGUCAGAGCCGUCGCCAGGAGAGGAGAAACUCGCAGCACUUACUGCAGGAGAAAGGACCCCUUGGGCGAAGGCCCGCGAUGCGCAUUUCAGCCGCGGAAAGAACAAGCUGUGUCUGGACGCCAUAGAGAAGGCCGCCUUCUUUGUAACUCUCGACGACACCGAGCAGCGCUACGACGCCGACAACAAAGUCAAGUCCCUGGACAGCUACGCUAAGUCGCUGCUCCAUGGGAAGUGCUAUGAUCGGUGGUUCGACAAGUCCUUUAAUAUAAUCAUCUACAAGAACGGCACCAUGGGACUGAACGCAGAGCACUCCUGGGCCGAUGCUCCUAUCGUUGGCCACCUCUGGGAGCACGUGCUUUCCAUGGAUCCUAAACUGGGAUACACCGAAGAAGGUCACUGCCAUGGGAAGCAGCAUCCCAACCUGCCUGGUCCUCAGAGGCUGCAGUGGGACAUCUCUGCUGAAUGCCAGGAAGUCAUUGAGAGCUCGCUGACAGUAGCCAGGGCUCUGGCUGAUGAUGUGGACUGUCACAUUAUUCCUUUCAAUGAGUUUGGAAAAGGGCUGAUAAAGAGUUGCCGCACCAGUCCAGAUGCCUUCAUCCAGAUCGCCCUGCAGCUGGCCCAUUACAGGGACAAAGGCAAGUUCUGUCUGACCUACGAAGCCUCCAUGACUCGUUUGUUCCGCGAGGGCCGGACAGAAACCGUGCGCUCUUGCACCAUGGAGACUUGUGAUUUUGUUCGUGCCAUGGUCAGAGAUGAGACGAGAGAGGAGCGCCUCAGGUUGCUCAAAGUGGCAGCAGAGAAACACCAAAACAUGUACCGCCUGGCCAUGACAGGAGAAGGCAUCGAUCGUCACCUUUUCUGCCUUUAUGUUGUCUCUAAAUACCUGGGAGAGGACUCGGCAUUCCUAAAGGAGGUCCUAUCUGAGCCAUGGAGGCUGUCCACCAGCCAGACCCCUCUGCAGCAGGUUGAGCUGUUUGAUCUGGUCCGACACCCAGAGCUGGUGUCCUCCGGAGGUGGAUUUGGUCCAGUGGCAGACGAUGGUUAUGGCGUCUCCUACAUCAUCCUUGGCGAUUCCCUCAUCAACUUUCAUAUUUCCAGUAAAUUCUCAAGUCCUGAAACUGACUCGCAUCGUUUUGGUUCCCACAUCCGACAGGCCAUGGUCGACCUCCUGAGUCUCUUCCAGCUCAAUAACAAAGAGAAAAAGUGAUGUGUGUUUUAAGGAAAGGAAGACAAAAUCACUGUUUUAGAAAAGCAUAUAUUCUUCUUGAAACUUGUACAGAAUCACUUAAUGGAUCUGGGGUUAUUUUGAAGUUGAUUCAUGUUAUAUAAAUGAGUUGUUUUUUGAAUUUUUUUAAAGACGUCGGUGUCAAAAAGUUUGUGACGCGGUUGUGUGUACUGUAUGUUUAGGCUAGGUGAGCCUCGAGCACAGGCGGUGCACAGAUCAAAGUAUUUAUUUGCAAAACUGUACUUUCUGGUGCCUUGGUGACCCACUGAUGUGAAAAAGAGACAGUGAGGUUUGAAAAGGGAGGAGAAACUCGUAGUCUGGACUCUUCCACAGUUUUAAGUUGCAAUACUUUUUAGUUUCCAUCUUUAUCCAGUGUAUUUUCCUAACAACUCUUGGCUAAAACGGUGUACUCGAUGUAAAUUUUUAGGUUGCAUGUUCACGAAUGUCACAUAACUGCUGGAAUGGGAGCUUUUGCAGUUGGAAACAUAUUAGGAGUGACGGUAUGCAUCUGUAAUUACAAAAAAUGAUGUGUGUGUGUGUGUGUGUGUGUGUGUGUGUGUGUGUGUGUGUGUGUGUGUGUGUGUGUGUGUGUGUGUGUGUGUGUGUGUGUGUGUGUGUGUGUGUGUGUGUGUGUGUGUGUGUGUGUGUGUGUGUGUGUGUGUGUGUGUGUGUAAAAAAAAAGACUAACUUUGAUCUGGAACGUGUGACUAAACACACACAACAGGAAGUGUCCUUGUGUAACGAAACACACACAACAGGAAGUGUUCGUGUGUGACGAAACACACAACAGGAAGUGUUCGUGUGUGACUAAACACACACAACAGGAAGCUGGUGCCACCGUCUAUAAUCUUUGAUUUUCUGAAUCUGUGUUGAAGUUUGACCUGCUAUGGUUCUGGUUCCAUUAAGGCAGAUGACGUGAGAGCGUGUCGUCAUGCUCAGGUUUGGCAACAGUAGUGUUCACUCUGGACGUAGGAGUUGGAGGAAGUUUAUAGCACAAGGUUUGCUAUAAAAGCGAGGACAGAAUUCAGUUUAAAUAGGAUUAAAAUCUGAUACCGCGUGGAUAUAAAAGUGUGUUUCUCCACAUUUGUACAGAAAGCUCCAUAAGGACCGUGAUGGUUUCUGGGUGGUGCUGCUGCAGAUCAUUUAGCAGCUUUUGGGUCUUUUUUCUUUUGUAGGAAAUAGUUUCUCGUGAAGAAAUUCGAACUGCAUUUCAAGAUGAGUUUGUCCUAAAUAGGAACCAAUUUUUAUCAGUUCAUGUUUGUUGAUCAGAGUUUCCAGCUUCUAAUUCACAUGCAUACUUACCCAGUUGAGCACUAAGUUGAGGCUUUUCUAAUGGAGUUAGAAAUGACACGUUUUUGGUUUCCUUCGGACAUCUGCUCUGUCAGACGUUGCCAGUAAGUGGCAGUUGUUGGGAUUUUUUGUCAGUAGACCUCAUGUUUAUGCUGCUGCAUGUUUUUGGAGAUGAAGGUGUACAUUUUUGCCUUUUAAUUUAAAGUUGUGUAAAAAGACACGCAGCUGAUAUACCAAACAAAGUUUUAACAAUAAAGUGAAUGUCGGCCAGCUGUA